UUCACAUUUAUAUUUACUAAACAAGCUUUAUAUCUUAUGUUAUGUGUGAUCUUAUAGUCUUACUGCAUUGUCCAAGGCGUGAAGCUUGCUAGUUGUCUAGACGAGCGGCUUCGUUUGUGUCGUAAGAAAUAAACGCGUGUUAUGUUUGACGGCUCCAUUCUACAAAUAUUGUGAAAUAGGGAACUUUCUUACCAUUGCGCGAUGUCGAGCUAGCUGGUUGCUGCGUUGGUGAAAUGGCUUCGUGCGGUUAUUCUCUCUUGCUUCAAGAUCCUACACCGUGUGGAGCAAGCUGGAGGAAUACCGACAAUAUACAGUGUAUUGCUUUGAGUGAGUGUGACAAAGACAUAACGCAGCACCUCAAGACCUGUAAAUUAGUGGCUGAUGAUUUUGUUAAAGACGAACUAACACUUCUACUUGCAAGAGCAGGAGUUUUUCAAUCAGAUGAUUCGAAUCUGUCUUUGACUAUUUGUCCACACCACCGGGAUGCCUGUGGUGCUCAUUSGAAAUGCGKGAAAGUGAGGUGUCCCAUUCCAAGUGAGGUAGCUUCUCACAAGUCCUCUGCAAAAGGAGAUCGUAGUGUUAACAGCAAUGAGUCACAGUACAUCUUCUUYAUAACGAAAACAUUGAUCCCAGUAGGAACACGUGAGUUAUAAAUAUGCAUACCUUUUUAAUAUUAUCAGAAUGACUAUAACACCCAUAAUGCAUUGCUAGUCAGCAA